GCGCACACACAGGUCUGAGGGAUGUGUGGAGCUAGGUCAUGUUCAUGAAAAGAAACCCAUUUAAUCUGAGGAAAUGGUCUAAAGGCUUUGCACAGAGAGGGAAAAGGGAAGCAGAUAGAGUGCAUGCACCAGAAAGCAGAAAAACAACUCAGAGCUGCACAGAAAGUCAUUAUAGGUGUAUUAUAAGGACUUUAAGGAGUUUGUUAAGAGUUUUAAGUUUUAAAGAAGUGGAUAAAACAAUGUUCUUUUUUGCUGAGACAAAGGUAAGAAACUGACCAGAAGGAAGAACAGAAUCUGCAAAGCUGCACAAAAGACUCAUUCAAGUGCAAGGUAACAAUGCCAGAAGACCAGCUGCGCAUGAGCCGCUUCCUGCUGCUGAUAGCGGCCGUCUCAGUGGUGUUUGACGUCCGUUAUAUCCAGGGCUGUUACACUGGCUCGGGGUCAGAGUGUGAAAAAGCCUCAUUUGUUCCUGGUCAUAACCUGGCUGGAGAGGGAUUCGAUGUGGUGCGGAUGCGGCGCACUGGAGCAUAUGUGAUAAACGUCAAAGCCCACCUGUCUGACAACCACACCUGUACACUGUGCCGCAACCGCUUCCAGAAAGACCAGGUUCAGAAGCUUCCAGCAGCUGUACUAGACUGGCGUCCUUUUAGCCGCUGCAGUAAACAGCUGUCCAGUGCUCUUCACCAUUCUGUGGAUUCACUGUUACGCAGCUCCAGCUCCAUGGUCAACAACAACUGGGGUCUAGGGCUAAGUCUGGAUGAGAUCGGGAAUGCCGUGCUAGGAGGGAGUCGAUCUGAUUUGGCCAAAUUUGCCCGCUCGCAGCACAGUGUGGACAGAGCUACUUUUGCCAUCCAUGAAAUCAGCUGCACAUACUACAGCUACAGACUGGCUGACCAUCCACAGCUGAGUGCAGAGUUCACCAAACAUCUGAAGAGACUCCCACAGAGUCUGAACACCAACCAGGACAAAGCUCUCUAUAGACGCCUCAUAGACACUUAUGGAACCCACUACAUUCAUCAGGUCCAACUUGGAGGCAAAGUGCGAAGAAUAACAGCUUUUAGGACUUGCUUGGCGACACUAAAGGGCUUCUCAGAGACACAGAUCAAGAACUGUCUAAAUAUAGAGCUUCGCAUGGCUCUUGGGAUCCUACCUGCCAAUGCAACGGUUUCCAACAAGUGCGACGACUUCCUAAAAGGCAACAUGAGUAUGGGGUUCUACCAAGGCUUCAUGACUCAUAAAAUUGAGGUUCUUGGAGGAGAGAGGUACUUCCCAGAUAUUUUAUACCACCAAGACCCUUCUGAGUCAUACCAUAGCUGGAUGAACAGCCUCCAAGAAAAUCCAGACGUGGUUUCCUACGCGAUUUUCCCUUUGCACCAUCUGGUAGACGAUGCACAAAUCAGCGCCAACUUGAGGAAUUCUGUCACGGAGUACAUCAAGGAGAACCAGCUGCGGGAAGAUCAGCUAGGCAUGAAAAAGUGCUCCCCAAAACCCAAUCUAGACCACAACUGCUGUCCAUUAAGAGCUGGGAGAGGGAUGCUUACUUUAGAAAUCCACAGAGCAGCAGGAUUACGAGCAGAUACGUUCACCAAAACAGAUGCGUAUGUAAAAAUAUUCUACAAUGGUCUGUAUGAGGAGACGCCAACUGUAAUGGAUGAUAAUAAUCCAGUUUGGAAUACCAGCUACGUGUUUGGAUCAGUGGAGCUCGGUCGGGAGAUGUGGUUUGAAGUGUGGGAUAGGGACGUGCUGUAUAAUGAUAUGGUUGGGAGGUGCCUGGUGUUCCCUGAGAGAGGAACUCAUGGACUCAGCUGCCAACUUAAGAAAGGUGUGCUGUAUUUUACCUACACCAUUAAAUGCGACGCUCACCUCACAGGCUUCAGGUGUGGGAGGUACUCACCCAGUGCAGAGUAGAUCAUAUUUUUAAAGUCAUUAACAUUUUUUAUGUAGUAUGUAUGCAUUUUAUUUAUGUUUUAGGAACUUUAUUAAGGCAACUGUAUGCACUGAUUAGCAAAUAAUUGAAUUAGGAAAAGUAUGUGUAUUUUAGUACACUUUCUAAGAUGUGUAGUUGUUUAUGUACAGUAUUGCAGUAUAAAAUUUAGAACUUAUUUGUACUCAAAAGAAUGUUUUUUGUUGUUUGUUUUUUUUACAUUUAAGAGUAUUAGAGAUGAUUAUAAGAUUGUUAAUCAAAUACGACAAUGUUUAAAAAUGAGCAGUACAUUAUAUUACAGCCAAAUGGACCUAAAUAAAACUGCAAAGGGAGUGUGAUUACUUUUCAUUGUCUGUGACUGAGGGCUGUGACUAAAGUAGCGGCUUACCACUAAUAUGAAACGAAUGAAUAUUGCACCGUGAAGCACUUUGGGGGUCUUGAAAGGCGCUUUAUAAAUCAAAUGUAUUAUUAUUAGUGUCCAGACAGACACAUUGCAGUUUGUGUAUAUUGUGUAUAUUGUAAAGAAACAAGUCUAAAUAAAGAAGAGACAUUGAAAUUUUUAUUACUUCAUCUCAACAUACAUAAAAUACAGGUACACAUUAAAAGAGCCAAAAGGUAACAGCAUUCUCUGUCACAGACACUUUCUUGAGUUUAAGACAUGAACAAAAAUACUAAGCACACUAUAUCAACAUAUUCUACUUGUAUAAAAAGGUAACUGUGAAACA